GGACACGGACAUGGACAUGGACAUGGGCAUGGACAUGGACAUGGGCAUGGACAUGGACAUGGACAUGGACAUGGGCAUGGACAUGGACAUGGACAUGGUCAUGGACACGGACAUGGACAUGGGCAUGGACACGGUCAUGGUCAUGGACAUGGGCACGGUCAUGGUCAUGGACAUGGGCACGGUCACGGACAUGGACAUGGGCACGGACACGGACACGGACAUGGACAUGGGCACGGACAUGGACAUGGUCAUGGGCACGGACACGGUCAUGGUCAUGGACAUGGGCAUGGUCACGGUCAUGGACAUGGUGGAGGCCAUGGUCACGGUUUUGCUCACGAUGAUUAUGGUCGUUCCGGAAGUGGCAUCAUCCUCCCCCAUAACACUUUCGGAUUGGCCUAUGGAAAAGGCAUCGAAUCUAGAAGCGACGCUCCUUUGUUCAGCUUGAACACCAAAGAUAUGUCCUUCUAUGAAUCUGUCGCCAGAAAUGCUGUUGCCAACGUCAAUGUACCAGUCUCUCGCUCCGUGGAGAGCCUCAUUUCAGCUGCCAAAUCAUCUUAAAGAAAUGUGAUAUUAUGUUUCCUGAUCUCCAAGAGCAUCAGCUCUGAUCAUUAUUUAUUUCUUCAAAGCGGAAAGAGUUGCUCAAAGAAGAAACAAGUGGAGCCUUAACAAGCGUGGCAUCCCUUCAAAUAAGCGGGGUUCAUCUGUGGACAUACUCCCAUCUAUGUGAACUUAAAGAACAGACAAUAAAUUGUCAAACAUCCCGCGCCAAGCUGCAGAAAUCAUCACUGUAGAUCAUAAAUGGAAUAAAAAUUUAUUUAUUUUA